AUUUUAAGUAUGAAGUAAAAACGUCUCUUAAACCCAUAUUUCAAUUUUCUAACAAAAAGAAAAAAUAAGAAAGAAAACUAGAACUCUGUCUAUGCUGCAAAUUUGAUGCUCGUGACCUCUCGCGAACGACAAUGGAUUUCUGGCUGAAGGCUCGGAGCUUCGCCGAGGAAGCUGCUAAGCGCUCGCAAGAGUUGACGAUUGGUGGCUCCGCCAAGCUAUCUGACGUUGUUUUGGAGGCGGGUAAACGGUCCAAAGAGAUCGCCGCCGAGGCUUCUAAGCGCUCUAAGGAGAUCGUCGCUGAGGCCUCCAAGCGCGCGGACCAGAUAAAAGUCGACGCACUCAAGCGUGCCGAGCAGAUCACAUCUCAAAUUCCUGCCGCCGCGAUAUCUCACCUCGUCGACUCGUCUUCUACUAACUCCACGCAGAAGGAGGUGGUAUCUGCCACUGCGGCCGAUCUGGAAAGAUUUGGUGUUACGGAUGAUUUGAGAGAGUUCGUUAAGGGGAUUACAAUGAAUACAUUCCAGGAUUUUCCUCUACAAGAUGUUUCAGAAAUGUCUUCCAUUCCCACAGUCUCUAAUGUUCGCCAAGAUCUUAACGAUUUCCAGGAAAAGCAUGCAAAUCUCGUUCUCUCAUCAGUGAAGGAAAUAUCUAAACUAAGGUACGCCUUAUGCCCUCGUGUUAUGAGAGAGAGAAAAUUCUGGAGAAUCUAUUUCAUUCUAGUUCAAAGCCAUGUUGCCCCUUAUGAAAAGAGAUAUUUGGAAGAAGCAGAACUAAAAGCUGCUGAAAGGGCAAAGACUGAGGUGGAAAUGGUCACUUCUUCAUCCGGUAGCACUUCUAAAACCACUGUCAAUGGAAUAGAUCAUAAUAGUAAGAAGACAACGGCAUCAACUUCUGAGCAAGAUUUGGAUGUUUUCCUCCUAGGAGAGGACAGUGAUGAUGGACCAGAUGAUGGUGACGAUGGGUUUGAUGAUGAUUUUGACAAGAUAUAAAUCGAUUUGCAGGAGUUUGGAAAAGGUAACAGUAAGGCGAGUCUGUUAUGGGUGCCAGGGCAGCUUAUGUGUACAAUUUGUGGUUAGGAAUGGUGGAUGAAGCUGAGCUGUUUAUAAAGAAGACGGGGAAAGGAGCCAAUUCUUUUAAAGAAAGUGACUGCAACAUACAUCUUCCGUUCCAACUUCACUAGAGUAUAUAUAUAAAUCAAAACUCUAAGCUGUGAUGUAGUUGCUCAUCGAUGUCCGACGCAUCUUGGUCUCCAUUACAAUUCUUGGAUGAAUAUAAAGCCGGAUUAUGGAAAUGGUUAGUCGUAAUGGAUUUUUUGAUUUUUUUUUUACUUUCUAUUACUUUUUAAGCUCUUAUUCCUUACCAAAAGAAUAAAGGACCUGUCAACCUUGGUACCCCUCCCUCGUUGCACUCUCUUGAUUUUUCAUACCUGUAAUUCUCAUCUAUGUAUUAUUGGGCGGAGGGGCAUGUAACUGCUGUAGCCAGUGCAACAAAAAUAUAAGUUUUGUUUCUUUUGUGGUUUUCUUUUUGAGCUUUUUUAACAGCUUUCAUAAAAGAUACUCCACAAGUCCG